AACACAACCGAGAUCCUCCUCACCUCCCUCCCCACCAAAACCGUCACUUUCCAGCCAACCCGCGCCACCAUCGUCCGCGAAAUCCCCGUUACGAUCCACCCCGGCCCCAACACCCUAACGAUCCACGGCCUCGACCCCCUCACGGAUUUCGAUUCGAUCCGCAUCGAGGGCUCGGGUCCCGCCUGCGUAACGGAUUUCCAGACAGAGAUUGUCAAGUCGCGGCUUUAUGCUCUGGAGGCGAACGAAGCAGAACAAGAUGAAAGUAGUAGUGAUUCGUCGUCAUCCGAGGAUGACGAGGCAGGCGACGAACCCGAGGAGCUUCGACUCGUGAGGGCGGAGCUGCGCACGGCGAAGGAGAAGGCGGCAUUGGCGGGGAUCCGGCGGGAUGUCGCGGGCAGUUUGAUAGAUUUCUUGCAGGAGCAGAAGAGGGGGUCGCCGCAGCAACCGGUUGAAGUGUGGAAGGUCGGAGAGUUUAUGGAUCUGUUUAAUGCGCGGGGCAAGGAGGAAGGGGAGAGGCAUUAUCGUGCCGUUGUGGAGGUGGAGGAGGCAGAGGAAGAAGUGGCGAGGUUGAAGGGCAAGGUGCAGAAGGUGGAGAAGAGGGUUUUCAAGGAGAAGAGGAAGCAGGAGGCAGCCAGGGAGAAGGAGAGGCAGGCCCGCAAGAAAGAGAAGAUGCAGAGAAAGGAGCGGAGGGAUAGGCUCGAGAAGGAGCAGAAGUCGUUUCGGAAGAAUAGGGUGGGAGAGGUGGUGGUUCAUUUGGAUGGCGAGGCCUCAUUCGCUGACGGUGAAGGUGAUGAGGGUGAGGGCAAGAAACAAGGCGACAACAGCGUCAUGCUCCGGUUGAGUUAUGUCGUCGCGGGACCCAGCUGGGUCCCACGGUAUGAUCUGAGUAUCAACACGCCUGCCUCCUCGGCCAAGAUGGUCUAUCGCGCCGAGUUUCGUAAUGCGUGCUCGGAGACCUGGCGCGAUGCCCGCGUAACCCUGUCCACCUCGCAGGCCUCGUUUUCCGGGCUGGGAGAGCGCAUUCCCUCGCUCCAGGUGUGGCAGCUGAUAGUCCAAGCGGCCAACAACAAUAAGAACCAGGAGCAGACCUCGUGGGAGGAUAUUCUGCGUAGCAAGCCUGAGCAACGCCAUCUUAUGCCAGUACAGACCCUCCAGAAGACGCUUUGCCAGCAGCAGACGCGGAACCCAGCGGACGGGUUGUUCGGACAAGCAGCGGCCCCUCCACCACCACCCCCGCCCCCGCAGUCUGGGGGGGCUCUAUUUGGUGGCCUACCACCAACCACCACAAGCGGUCCUGCAUUUGGCGCACCAGCCAACCCACCGCCAACCGGCACCAGUGGUCCUCAACCUGGCGGAUUUGGACGAUCUACCAUGACUGGAGGGCUGUUUGGAAAUGUUUCCAGGCCUUCGCAAGCUCAGCCCACGGCGCUGAUGGGUACAGCGACAACAUCCAUGCAACCAUUCGCUCAAUCCGGGGCUCCAGACGAGGUUAAUAAUCUCACUGAAGAACCCAAGCCCUCCUUUUCAUCCCCACCAAAAACCAUCCCAGACCUGGAGCAUCAAGAAUCCUUCCAGCAAGAUUACGGCCUCACAACCACAUACGACCUGCCCGGUCAUCGCACCGUGAUCCCAUCCCUCGUGGCUCGACGCCACCUCCUCGCCGACCUCCACCUCGACUCCGUCACCCUAUCUUACACCAUCGUCCCCAAGCAACGCGCCGCCGCCUUCCUACAGGCCAAAAUCCAGAACUCGUCCUCAUCCGUGAGUCUUCUUCGCGGGAAAGUCGGCAUCACCAUUGACGGGACCUUCCUGGGCACCGCGGACCUGCCGAGCUGCGGGCCGAAGAAAUCGUUCACCUUGCCGCUGGGCGUGGACCCCCUGAUCCAGGUCACGUACGGGCGGCCGACGGUGCGGCGCGCGACAGGCAGUGGGGGUCUGUUCUCCCAGAAGGAAGAGGCGGCGGUGUUCCGCCGGACGUGUCGGGUUAGGAACACGCGGAGCAACGCCGUCGAGGUGGCGGUUAUCGAUCAGGUGCCCGUCAGCGACGAUGAGCGGUUGAAGGUGCAGAUCCUGGAGCCCAAGGGGCUGGUUCGGGAAGGAGACGAUGUGCCAAUGAAGGAGGGGACCGCGCAUUUGGGAAAGGCCGGGGAGGUCAAGUGGGUGGUCAAGUUGGCGCCUGGGAAGGAGGUGAAGUUGGUGUUAGAGUAUGAGGCCAGGGUGCCGGCAGGGAGUGAGGUU